AUGGAGCCUGGCCUGGAGGAGUUGUUCAGCAAGGCUGAGGACGUUGGUGGCAGCUCCUGGAGGUCUCUGUCCCUAUCAUCUGCUGAUGGUGAUCACAGCUACUUCCUGAAGCCUGGGUGUAUGUCAGACCCUGUCCAGGAGCUCCUGGCCCUACUUCACAACGUGGACCUUGAGGUGCAGCAGAGGGUGCAGGACAGUCAGGACAUCGUGUGUGGCAUCUGCAUGGACAAGGUGUGGGACAAGCCAGAGGCUGAGCGGAUCUUUGGCAUCCUGCCCAACUGCAGCCACCCCCACUGCCUGGGCUGCCUGCGCACCUGGCGGAAGAGCCGAGGGGACUUCCCUCUCCAUGUCAUCAAGGCCUGUCCCCAGUGCCGCGUCCGUUCCAGCUACAUCAUCCCCUGCAAAUUCUGGGUGAGCAAGGGGCCUGAGAAGGAGCAACUCAUCAGGAACUUCAAAGCUCGGACCAGCCAGAUUCGAUGCCGGUUCUUCAUGCGGGGAAAUGGCCGCUGCCCCUUCAAGUCUGACUGCAUUUACCUGCACCAGCUCCCAGAUAACUCCCCGACUUCUGAUCAUCCCUGGCCUGGGAGUGUGCAGUUGGCCUCUGCGAGUGAGGUAGUGGGCAAAACAGCAUUCCUAGGGAAUACCGAGCCAGAGGAGGAAGUGUUCUUCAUGGACUGUGCCCUGGCCAUGGCCUUCUGGGGUUCAGAACUCCUCCUGGACCCCAACAGUUCUUACCACUGCCUCCUGUAACCAGGAUCAACGUGGGGUGGGUAAUGGGGCUGAGGGGCAGGGGUUGCCAGGUGGUAGGUCUUUUCCCUUUGGGGCUUGGUGCGGGAUGAAAGUAGCAAGCCCUCCAUCCCCAUGAACCACAGCAGUGACACAGGUGGGGAACAUGGGGAGGGGGGAGGGCUGUUGGGAAAGAGGAAGGGUUCUCACCCU